CCCGAACGCAAGAUGCCGCGGAAAAACAAACCGAUUAUCAAGCUAAAGCUGGACGGUGACUCCGGUGGUGGUAGUACCGUGCCGGACAGUGCCGAGGGUGCAACACCGCGCAACCUGGACAAGCGCGGUACUCUGACGGUGGGCGAACGAUCGUUUGUCGUCGAGGCGGAUCACCUGCGCAAGCUGGCCGACCUGGGCCGUGGCGCGUAUGGCAUUGUGGAGAAGAUGCUGCAUCAACCUUCAGGCACGGUAAUGGCCGUGAAGCGCAUUACCGUUACGAGCGGUAUGGGUGCGGGAGGCGGGCUGGGGGGUGGUGUGCAGUCGCAGGAGCAGAAGCGGCUGCUGAUGGAUCUGGACGUGUCGAUGCGGGCGAGCGACUGUCGGCAUACGGUGCAGUUUUACGGUGCACUGUUCCGAGAGGGCGACGUGUGGAUCUGUAUGGAGGUGAUGGAUACCAGUGUGGACAAGUUCUACCCGGUGGUGUACAAACGUCCCGGGCGCACCAUCCCGGAACGCAUACUGAGCCGGAUUGCGCUGGCGAUAGUGCGCGCCCUGCACUACCUGCACACCGAGCUACGCGUCAUCCACCGGGACGUGAAGCCCUCAAACGUGCUGAUGAAUCGGCGGGGUGAGGUAAAGAUGUGCGAUUUCGGCAUUUCCGGUUAUCUGGUGGAUUCGGUAGCCAAAACGAUUGAUGCGGGAUGCAAACCGUACAUGGCGCCGGAACGUAUCGAUCCGAGCUCGUGUAGUCGAACGGCAGGCUACGACAUCAAGUCGGACGUUUGGUCGCUCGGCAUCACGAUGGUGGAGAUCGCGACCGGCCGAUUCCCCUACGCGACUUGGCGGACACCAUUCGAGCAGCUUAAACAGGUCGUGAAUGACGAUCCACCGCGAUUACCAAAGUCGGCCGCACCGGACUCGGAAGAGUUCAGUGCUGAGUUUCAUGCGUUCACCACCAGCUGCCUGCAGAAGAAGUUCCAGCAGCGGGGCAAUUAUGAACAGCUGUUGGCAAUGGAAUUUCUUCAGCGAUACGGGCCCGGUGACGAGCAUGCCAGCACCAGUGAUAUGGCUGAGUACGUGUGUGCGAUACUGGACGAACGGGACGGUGUAACAGCGGCCAGUGACGCCAGAUCGGAGUUGGUGGUGGAUUGA